UGUGUGCGUGUCCUCCCCGGUGGAUGAGAUGAGCCGUCUGAGGUCUUCACCACUACUUCGUCUUCCGCCUGCUCUCCACUUGGGGACCUUGGACCACCGUGGCCUGAGGGACGGGACACAGAACGACCGGCGACGUGUAGCGCGUCUCAUUCAGUCCUAUCUUUAGGUUCCCCCCACCCAACCACCACGCCUCUCUCCAUGUACCGCUCUCACUGAUCCUGCGUGGAAGAUCAGCUGCUCUCUCUCUCUGCAUCUCUCGUUGAAGGGGACCCUGGGUUGGGAAGAGAAACCCCACCAAAUCUUUGCUAAGAGGAAAACAUGGCCGUGGCCGGCUGUCCGGACUAUUUCAUGCAUCAUCCAAACUACCAGGAAUACAAUAUCGAAAGGACAAGUGGAUCACUCUACAAUCACAGACAAACUCCCAAUCUAAUUGGCCCAAGCUCGAGCAGUCGACCAAACAGGAAUUCACCUCACCACCAUCAAGAGGAUGACGUGGACCUGGAGGCGCUGGUGAAUGGCAUGAACUCCUCCCUGGAGAGCCUCUACUCCUCGUCCAGCGGCCAGCAGCAGCACAACGACCUGGUUCCGCUCCUCCACACCUCUUCCUCCUCCUCCUCCUCCUCCUCUUCCCACCACUACCAGCAUCACCAUGGCCCCCUGCCCCACCCCCUCCUCCACCACGACUACCACCCCACGGCGGCGGCCCCCCUGGCCAGGCACGGCCCCCCCCACCUCUCGCCGGAGCCUGCCUCCUCUUCCCUCGGCCUCGAUUCGUCGCAGGGCAGCCUGAGGCGGUCGCAGCCCAUGCACAUCCUCGCCGUCAGGAGGCUCCAGGAGGAGCAGCUGAGGACCUCCUCGCUGCCCGCCAUCCCCAACCCCUUCCCGGAGCUCUGCAGCCCGGCCGGCUCCCCGGUGCUCAGCCCUGGGUCCCUGCCCCCCGGGGAUCCCCCCAGCGGCACCUCUAUCGUGAAGAUCUUCAGCGAGGACGGCAUGGGCAAAGUGGUGGAGAUCCCGGCCGACAUGACGGCCAGGGACCUGUGCCAGCUCCUGGUGUAUAAGAGCCAUUGUGUGGACGACAACAGUUGGGCGCUUGUUGAGCACCACCCCCUACUGGGCCUAGAGCGUUGUCUCGAGGACCAUGAGUUGGUGGUUCAGGUGCAGGCGUCCAUGAACAGUGAAAGCAGGUUCCUCUUCAGGAAGAACUACGCCAAAUAUGAAUUCUUCAGAAACCCUACGACGUUUUUCCCGGAGCACAUGGUUGCAUGGUGCCAGGAAACCAACGGCACAAUUCCACCGUCUCUACUUCUGCAGAAUUUGUUGGCGGCAAGCAGCUACCCAGAGAUCCAGGGCCAUCUGUACGUGAAGGAGGUGGGGAGGAAGUCGUGGAAGAAGCUCUACAUGUUCCUGCGGCGCUCAGGCCUCUACUGCUCCACGAAAGGAACCUCAAAGGAGCCGAGGCAUCUCCAGUUACUGGCAGACCUGGAGGACAGCAACAUCUUCACCGUGGUCCCGGCCAAGAAGCAGCACGCCACGCCCACGGACUACGAGUUCUGCAUCAAGGCCAACAAAGGCAGGGCGGAGCUGAAAGAACUGAGGAUACUGUGUGCCGAGGACGAACAGAGUCGUACCUGCUGGAUGACCGCCUUCAGACUCUUUAAGUACGGAAUCAUUUUGUACCAGAACUAUAAGAUUCCCCAGCAGAGGAAAACUUUGCUAUCACACUUCUCAGCCCCAGUGCGGAGUGUGUCGGAAAACUCCCUGGUGGCCAUGGACUUCUCAGGGAGAAUAGGCAGGGUGAUCAAGAACCCUCUAGAAGCUCAAAGCGCCGCCAUGGAAGAGGGACACGCAUGGAGGAAGAGGAGUCAACGAUUGAACGUGCUGGGCUGCCACAGUCCUCUCCACCACUCUUCACUAAGCUCAGUGAUCCACGUGGCGCAGCUGUGGUUCCACGGCCGGAUAACCAGGGAGGAGUCGCACCGCAUCAUCCACCAGCAGGGACAAGUGGACGGGUUGUUUCUGCUGAGGGUCAGUCAGAGCAACCCCAAGGCGUUUGUACUCACACUGUGCCAUCAUCAGAAAAUCAAACAUUUCCAGAUACUACCGUGUGAAGAGGACGGACAGAUCUUCUUCAGCCUUGACGACGGCUCGACCAAGUUCACUGACCUGAUCCAGUUGGUGGAGUUCUACCAGCUCAACAAAGGGGUGUUGCCUUGCAAACUGAGACACCCGUGCACCUUUGUGGCCUUAUGACCUCUUCCAACUCCCUGACACAUCCCCCACCACCGCUCACAACGUCAUUUUUCCCUCUCGUUUUGUGUCGGUUUUUUCGUAUACAUUUUUCUCGUCUGGAGAAGCGGGUGAAUGAACUGAUGCUUCCGUUUGUUGUUUUUCUUGAUAUUUUUUACGACGGACUCUGCUGGAGACUGCUGAGCUAAUUUCGGGUGGUUUUGUGGGUUGGUCGUUACGGUUGGAUGGACAAAUCAAGGCGCUCAACACAUCCAAUCAGGUGCAAGGAAGACGAACAGGAACGCAAGGAGCUUUUAUGGACAUAAUGGACCAGAUGAAUCUGCCAUUUUAUUUUAUUUUGUUUAAAUGCUGUCACAUAAUCGUUCAAUCCCCCAUAAAUACAAUCAACCAAUAAACUGGUCACUCGCAAUUAGGCAUUGUGUUGCCACUGCGAACACAGGUUUAUCUGUUAACUGAACAAUCAGCAGGUUGCUGUUUUCUUCUGUAACAUUAUUUUUUUAAUCCCACCACCGAUAGAUGUUAAUGUUUAGCAUCAUUUAGCAUAUCUCUUAUUUGCACUCCUUAAUCUAGAGCAUGCUUUUUGGCAUCACUCAUGGCUGUAUCUAUCCUCGGUCCUGUUACCGGCAAGUCACUUGAUAGCACCGUACAACAUCGCCCUCUGAGGUCGAAUACAUGUAAGGACAUGCAAGAUCUAUUUUACAACGGGGAAAACCUAGAGGUUUUGGUGUCAUUGAAGUUAUGCCAUUUUAAUCCCUGCCGAGGUCCGUAACCCUCACGAGAGGAUGAAUGCGUGACAAGUUUUUGAAACCAUUUAUAAUAUCACACAAACCUGAAAAAGGGAACAUGGACAACAGCAGUGCACAAUAAGAGGUGUUAUUUGAUCAAGAUCUUAAAAGUGCUCAUAGUGGUUCACCUUCAAAGAUGAUUGCUCCGACCACACAGGAUGUUUUUCUGCCACUGCUUAUUCUUGCUUGUCUUUCCGUUGUUUUGCGUCUCAUUGUCACUCUGUAGGCUUUCUGUUUACGUGAUGGGCUACCAAGAUCAGCCGCCAUUCUACAUUGGUUUACUGCACAGCUCAUGUUCCCUGAGAUAACAAAUAACAGGGCCUUAAGUCUUCCACAUCGCCCGUUCACAAGAAAAUGGUAGAGCAUUUUAUUCAGGUUAUUUCAACACCGUGAUAAAGCUAGUUAUUUUUUCGUUCUUCUGUCAAUACCAAGAUACCUCUGUUAUGCAUUGUGAUGUUAUACAGUCAAACAAGGUCACUCUAUGAGGUUUGGCUUGAAGUGCAGUGGAUUUUCCUCAAGGUAUUAAGUAAACCAAUAUUUAGCCUUGCUGGUUACUGUUAAGCCCCAGGCUGACCAGGAAGGAUAACCACUAGAUUUCCCUUUUUGUAAAAGGUUAACCCAAUGCUCCAAGUGUAACUCGGUGGAGUUGAAUAACCGAGGAGGACUGGGAAUACUGUCUCCGCCCAUCGUUCCACUCUAUUAACACCAUGCCAUUGUUGUUAGUAGCGCUUUCCCCCUUCAGAGAACACAGAAGAACUUUGAACUAUUAGAAGUACAACUGGAUCCAUGUCCAACUUGAUUAAGACAACCGUAUACUUAAAGUCAUUAGUCAACCAGAUUUAUUUUUAUUGGAGUUUUGAGCCAAUGUCCAUCUAGGGAACUCGAGUAACAAAAAAAAGGAUAAUGUGACAAAUUAAUCGUCUCUGACACCAUGGGAGUGCACUGGAAUGUAGUCAAAAGGGCAAUGCCAUACACAUUACACUUUAUCAUGACUCUGUUUAUUAGAAUCAGUGAAGGUGUUUCAUUUGCCCAAAUCUUUUUUGUGAGACUUUGACUGUAGCCCAAACUUGCAUUUCUAUAUAAACACCUUCAUAACUUAUAAUACAUCAUAAUUAUUGCUAUACGUCUUUUUAAUUAAUUUAGUUAUAUACAUCAUGUUGCACUUUAUAUCAUAUUUAAUGGAGCGGUUAUUGAUAAUGCCUUCAGCCAUUGUAAGCUGCAAGUAACUCUUACAAUGCAUUAAUCACUUGUUAUCAUGUAUUAUGAAGGUAUUUAUAGAUUAUUGUAGGUAUGGCCUCACAAAAAGUCACACCUUGUUCAUACCCUUGGUUUGGUCCGUUAACAAACAUAAUCAUACAUUAUACAUCCUUGUUCUUCCCACAGGAUACUAUGUUGGUAUAGUUCAAACUCGCUGUACAGCCUGAUAUAAACCAAUACUGAAUAUCCAUGUAAAAUAUGGGCCCUACACGGUAGUACAGAACUACAAUUACAUAGUACCUUGUGCUUGGCUUGUUAAUGCAAAGAUAAUUUCAUAUAUCUAUCUACUGCUGAUGAUUUUUAUUCAACAAAGCCUUUUAGAAAAUAUAUCCUGGUUAAAGAUUUGGCAUUAUCAGUUUUGAAUCUGAUUAAUUUAUCUUUUAACAGAGUGGUCAACCCAAAUUGCCAUUACAUAGCAAAACAAAAUAUAAAAUCGGUCUUAAUUACAAAUGUUAAUUUACAUGUCGUAAUUCUACAAAAUAAUUUACAUAACUCACCUGUUAUUGAGUAUAGUGUGUUAAAAUUGCACCAGAUUGGUUUCCCAUCAUAACAGGUGGUUUUGUAUGUGUUUUUCACGGUUUUAUUUUCCCUGUGAUGCAACAUUAAGAAAGAUUCUUCACUUUGUUUGAUUUGUUAAACAGUCCACGGGUUCUCUUAAGCUAUAUAGAUAUGUUGUGUCACUAUUAUUUAACUCAAAUGUAAUGAAUCAAAUCAGUUUAAAGUAAGUAUUGUUUCAGCGACGUUUAUUUAUUUUUCAUUAAUAGUGAUGACUUGAACCUUUUUCUUUUCUUACAGCGUUUUUUUUUGGCCAUUGACAUGUUGUUGAUGGCCCAUACGAUUAUUAUUUUUUUUUUUUAUGUUUGUGUAUUCAAACACCAAUGUGGCAAUGUGAAGUUAUACAUACACAAAUUACAACGUUGAUUCUUUUUUCAUUUGAAAUAAAAACAAUAUAUUUUUUCCCGUUUUCCGAGGACUUGUUAUGGUGCAAAGAAAUUCAACAUUGAAUGUCAGUCAUGGAUUUUCUUCUUUCUCCAUCUCCACCCAGUAGCCUACUCAUGGGCUGUGUGUCAUUGAGACUGAACUGCAGAGUCCCUGAACAAGUUAAAGGACAGAGUGUAGCUUGGCCCCAGCUACACUGACUAAGAAUUGCCAAGGCACACUUUUAUAUAUCUAAAAAGACAAAAAAAAGGCCCAAUUAUCAGGAGAUUGCACUGACUUAAAUUGAAUGGCAGAAAAAUAAAAAUAAAUACAUGAGGAGGAAUAGGUAUGUGGAUAUUCAUUUGCGAGGAACAUAAGUACAUUAUUUCCUCAGGGUUAACUUAGCAAGUUAUAAAAAAUUACAGCAAAAUUGGAAAACUGGUCCAUCAUGUUUCUGAGGCCUUUGAUUUAAGGAUUGUAGAUGGAUGAAUGAUGGAGAUGUAUUUUUUUGUUUUCCUGCUGGAGGUUUAACUGUUCCAAACUCGACGACAGCUAACAGCCUAUAUGUGUGCUGAGCAUCCCCUCAAAAGAAAGCCCUCUAUGGCAACAUGGAUAUGUGCAAUCAUGGAAGUGAACGAAAUACUAUAUUCAACUUAACAACAAACUUCCAUGUGAGCAAGUAGUUUGCACCUAUGGAAGUGGAAAGAUGUGUGGAUGUGUAUAGGGUACAACGAGAACGCCCACCCAUACACAAAUGUCAUGUGGUAACAACUUAACCUUACUUUACCAGGUGUAUGGAAUCACAAAAAUAUAUAUAUCUGCCAAACUUGUGACAUUUUAAUUAACACACUCAUGUCAGGUUUUUGGGCUGUUGAUUUUUUUAAGGAACAUUGUGCUUAGGAAAGUAAAUUGCGAUGAAAUUACCCCUAUCCUAUACUUGUGUGUGUCUUUGGAUUUAACACUGUCACAAAGUGAGAUUUACUCGCUGUAUAAAUGAGAUAAUAUGUAUGAUUUAUUUCAGGGAAUGCAAAACAUAAGACGAUAACUUCUAUUGGUAAGAGGAAACUCAUGUAUACAUGGUGUGCUUUGUUUCAACCUGUACAUAGUUGAAUGGCUUAUACAUCCUAAUUGUAACUGUUUCAGGUAUUUUUGUAUAAAUAAGGGACUGAUAUAUUCUGUUCAUUGUAAUUAGAAUAAAACAUUAAUACAUUGCUAUAAAAAUAUCAAUCCUGUGUUUUAUUACAAGGAUGACAUGCCUAUAAGGCUAUUUGUGUGUUUGUGUGCGUGCAUCCGUUUAUGAGGAAGGCAAAAUAACCUGCUUGUCGGGGCAAUUAGGUUGUUAGUAAAACGCUUGAAACUUCUUGUUAUGGCAAAGUAGUGAAGGCUGAACCCAAUGGCAAAUAUAAAUGUAUCCUUCCCCUGUUGACAUAUCACAAAACCAAUCUUGAUCAAACAGAGCUACACAGGAUGCAGCUCUUUCAUAUUUGA